CUCUUGGCGUGUAGUGUUUUGUUUUGGUGCAAAAUCCCACGGAUUAAUGUAACAUUUGGAGGACCUGGUAGCCACCUGGUAAACAAAAAGCUAUCACGAUACCGUCAUUGUUGUUACGUCCUUUAAGCUAAUCUAUUCCUUCGACUAUCUGGGAGAUGUAUCGUCGCGGAGCGGCAAAGAAAGACAGCAAGCCGGUGAAGAAGGAUGUGAGUGACAGUGAUAAAUACGCCGAUCUGUUGGUUUUCGGCUAUGCCUGCAAACUCUUCCGAGACGACGAAAGGGCUCUUUACCAUGAUCACGGAAAGCAUCUUAUCCCAUGGAUGGGGGACAAGAGCAUCAUGAUUGAUAGAUAUGAUGGACGUGGUCACUUACAUGACCUUUCAGAGUAUGACAGUGGGUCAUGGAAUACAUCCUACCAGCUGUCAGAGGAAGAGGCCAGGAUUGAGGCGCUCUGCGAUGAGGAGAGGUACCUGGCACUGCACACUGACCUGCUGGAAGAGGAAGCUAGACAAGAGGAGGAGUAUAAACGUCUGAGUGAGGCUCUGGCUGAUGAAGGCUCUUACAACGCCGUGGCUUUUAAAUACAGCGCUGACUACUAUGACCCCUCUCAGCCCACUGAGGAGGAGGAUGCUAACAAGGAAUCAGAGGAGGCAGAGCCUGAAGAGAGUGAAGAACCAUUCGUUGCUCCCGCAGGGCUUUCUAUCCCUCCUGAUGUGGAGUUGCCUGCAACCACCAAGACCCACAACAUCAUUGAGAAGACGGCCAACUUUGUCUGUCAGCAGGGGGCUCAGUUUGAGAUAGUGUUGAAAGCGAAGCAGUCUGGUAACUCCCAGUUUGACUUCCUUCGUUUUGACCAUUACCUGAACCCUUAUUACAAAUACAUCCUGCGGUCCAUGAAGGAAGGUCGAUACAAUGUUGCCUCUGACAGCAAGAAGGAGCAGUCGCAGGAAUCUGAUUCUGAUGAUUCAGAUGAUGAUGGAGAUGGGAGCUACCUCCAUCCCAGCCUUUUUGCCCCUAAAAGGAGCUCUCGCCUGGAGGAGCUAAUGAAGCCUCUUAAGGUGUUGGACCCAGAUCAUCCCCUGGCAGCACUAAUUCAAAAAGCCCAACAGGAAAGAAAUGGGACAGCAGCAGUGGCAACAAACCAAGAGGAAGCUCCAGCUAGUCUACCAACACAAUACAGCGCCGACCCAGUGUACUAUGGAUAUUACAUGCUGCCAGAUGGAUCGUUCUGCUUAGCUCCGCCUCCCCCAGGUAUAGAUGCCACCUCAUACUAUAAUAAUAUGACCUCAGCUGUCAUGGCACCACCUGCUUCUACCGAGGCCGUGGCUAAUUUGGGCUCUGCACCCACCCCUGCUGAAACUGUCACAGUAGCAACAGCAGCUACAGCCCCCACUCAGGACUCCAGCUCUGUUCCUCCAGCAAGUGUACCAGAAAUCAGUUCAAAAGCUGAACUUCCAGUUUCCACCCCAUCAGCAGCAGCCAUCAUUCCCCCACCACCCGACAUCCAGCCGGUCAUAGACAAGCUGGCUGAGUACGUUGCAAGAAAUGGUCUGAAGUUUGAGGCGAGCGUCCGUGCCAAGAAUGAUCCGCGGUUUGAAUUUCUGCAGUCCUGGCAUCAAUACAACACCUAUUACGAAUUUAAGAAGAAAUACUUCAUGCAAAAGGAAGGAAAAGGCUUGCCAGAGGUAAUAUAA